CCAUUUCUAUCAAGCAGCCCCCUUAACCUCUUUGAAUCAGAGAGCCACUUCCGCUAUGACUUGACGUUAGCUACAAGUGGCGUCGGACACAUGGACACCGUAAGUUUGUCAACGUGAAAUGAAUCAUAAAUUUUUCUCUUUGGAAAAGAUGUAGAAGUAUACAGGUUCCCGAGUAUUACAAUUUACUUGAUGCGAAUAAUCAAGGAAAUUCUUUCGCAAGAAAAGAGAUAUUAAUUAUUAAGUAAAUCCUCUCGAUUAAUCUAAAUUAAAAUUUUUAUGGAAUACGCUAUCGAAUACGGCAAGAAGUAAUCAACGUUGAUUAAUAAAUGCCUGGAGUUUGUCCUCGUUGUAACCGCGAGGUUUACUUCGCAGAAGAGAAAUUGGCUCUUGGAAAAGUUUGGCAUACAUUUUGCUUUUCUUGUUGUAAUUGUCGAAAAUUACUCAACAGUUGUAACGUGGUGACCUAUCUCGGUGAAUUAUUUUGCAAGAGUUGUUACGUUCGUUUGGCUCCGUCGAUUACGAAUCAUGAAAUUAAAGGAACAUCGCAAUUGCUUGGAACCUUAACAUUUUCGAACCAGGAAUCGAAUGGUUAUUGCUGUCCGGUAGAAAACUCAAUCGGUAACGCAUCAUUAAACAGAGAACAACAUUACCAAACCGGCAAGUGUAGACUUCGCGGUGGUGGUAGCGAAGUCGAGGAGACAAACGUUUGUCUUGACGAAGAGAAGAAACAUUUCUUAGAAAACGAGUACGCAAAUGUAGGUAUUGUCAAUUCGAUGACAACAAUUUGUGAUCCUCCACCUAGUCCUACUGCAGUGACUACAUGGUACAAUCGGCAGCAUUGCAAGCUUCGCAGUACGCUGUCUUUGGAGUCCCAGAAGAAUAACGCUGUCGCGAAAGAUUACCGCGAACGAUCCGAAGUGCAGGAAGCAGAAAGCAAUCAAUCAGAGCUGAAAACUGCGUUUAGUAAUGAUGAAGUCAACAUUACAGAGGCUCUGCUAAGCGCAGACAAAACUCGAGUGACAUCUAUCAGCCGGAAUAAAAAAAUUAACAAAUACGAUCCUGUAUGCGAAUUUAGUGGGAAUAGCAUCACUAUUCCGUCGAGACGAAAAUUUGCGUAUCCGCCAGUACCGCCGCCUCGCAGUCCGCUGCCUUCCCGACGACGAGUCUCCUUCUGCGACGUCGUCUUCGGGGACACGCGCGGAAACGAACAGAAUUGUAUCAUGAAAAUGCAGAAUGCACAUCUAAGGCCCUGUUGCAAUAAUAACGAGGAAUAUACUUAUGACAUUUGGCAAGCGGACGACACGGCCGGUAAGAACCACGGCGGAUACGAAAAUGUCAAAAUAAAUCAUACCGAAGACACUGGCAGAAUGCAUUUUGAAAAAAGCACGUCGGAUUGUUGCGACGGCGAAGAAGAUUCAUCGAGUAAAUGCAAUGAGCUCGAGAAGAACCGAGGACAAGAUCGUUGCGCCGGUAAUACAGAGUUGCACCCGUACAGAACAAUGAACGAUAAAGAUGGAUCAUCGAAGGAAGAAACGAUUACGUGUACUCAUCAAAGUGGUCCGAAUUCGUCGAAUGAUCUUGACGAUAGCGAACGUAUGCGAGGAGGAUGUGGUGGACCAUGCGGCCCUCGUCCAAGGAUUCUAUGUGGAACGCUUAAACCCGUUGAAACUAUUUGCCAUUGUACUAAAAGAGAACCGGAACCAUGUCGCACUGUUGUUACAUCUUGUGCUUGCUCGUCACCGUGUAUCGACAGACGUGGCUGUUGUCCAUCGGUGACCGAUCGACCGAUAUGCAAAAAACCGAUUAUCAGAUGUCGUCAACCAUGCACGGUAGAAUCUCCAGGUUGCGGCAGUGGAGGAUGUUGUGGAAGUGGUUGCCGAGGUGGUUGUGGAAAACCUGGACAAACGUGUUUGCCCUCUAGACAAUGCGCGAUACCACCUUGUCGACCUUGUUCGCCUUGUUCUUCACCUCGACCCUGUCCUCCGCAACCGAUUUGCUGUUGCCGAAAAUGUGGAAACUGCUGUGGAAGCGGCGGUGGCACGAGUUGCUGUCGGCCGAAAAGUCCGGUAUGUCGAGUGAGAAGUAGAAGAUGUUACAGUUCUGACAGAGCAGAAUGUGCCGACGGAGGAUGUUGCCGGCCGAAAUCUGGUUGCGAGUGUUUAGGCGGCGGUCUUGAUUGCCAGCGCUGUGGCCGGAAAGUGUAUCAGGCUGAAAUGCAGAUUGUAUCCGGUAUACCGUUUCACAACAUAUGCUUCAGCUGUUACUGCUGUAGAAAACCCUUAGAAUCCUUAACGUACCAAGAAAACUGCGGAGAAAUUUAUUGCAAACAAUGUUACGUUCGAAAUUUUGGGCCACAAGGAUAUGGGUACGGUGUAGGACCAGGCGCAUUACAAACUCCCAUGUGAAGCCAACUAAAUAUUUAACAAAUUUUAUCUAUGGAUUUGCAGAUAAAAUGGGCAGAAAGCAGGACAAGACGAAUGGUUGUAUUUCUUUGCUGAAAAUAAAAAUCAUGCGAGGAGGAUCGUACACUUUGCGAAAUGGAAGGAAAGGGAAUAAGACGAGACGGGCCCAGGUAGUUUUAUUGGUAAAAAUAAAGAUAGAAAACAAAAUGGAAAAACAGAGUUGAAUCCUAUGAAAUACAGAGAAUGAAAGGAGAGCGAGACGAAGGAAGAAAGAAUGAGUGGUUGGUUUAUUGAGUCUCUCCUCUUAGUGGAUUGCGGAACGCGGAACGUACGCGGCACUGUUGGGUAGAGGGGCGUUUAUAUAGCUUUCAAGCGCAGGAGCUUAAUCUAAUUUCAAAUAUAAAUCUGUUCUCUCCCCGUUUUCUCUCUCUCUUUCUCUUUCCUCCUUCGUUUCCUUCCUCGGACGGCCCCCCAUCCAUAUAGCAGCAUGCUCGCCAGCUUAUAUUAUCCACCCGGCUACGAAUAAUCUCCUUCGCUCUACCUAUUAAC